AUGCAAUUCGUGCUUCUCCUGUCGCUUGGACUCGCCUUCGGUGCACCUCUCCCAUUCAGUACUGGCAAGAGCAUACAACGUCGCGACGUGAAUGGUUCUGAACCCUCAAGAACACUGACAACCCUCCUAGGAUCUUGCUAUUGGUGUAUGAUCUCUAAAGACGCUGAAUACUUUGAUGAUCCUAUUGACAGGCAUCUAGUUUCUUGUACGGAAUUGACCCUCUCGCUUUCCUGGAUUAUUGAUGCAACAGUGCUGAAGGAGAGGUUUUUAGAAAGAUGUACGACCUCCGCUACUAGAUGCGCGAAACAGCGAACUAACAUCGCGGAAUUUGGCAGGUGGACUAAACUGACAACGCCAUGGUUGAAUAUCACAUCUAUCCUCGAAUCCACAGAUUCGAUUGUGUAUUCCACUAAUAAUAGUACUCCUCUAGGUUCAAAUCCGAUUACGCACCAGUGGUCAACUAAUAUGCCAUCCCAGAAUUGCCAAGAGACCGCCACCAAACUCAAGCAGAAGGAAGGUUCCUCGACCAUCCAACCAGACUCAGGCUCAUCAUUAGCAGUACGGAAGACCGACUUUAUGGUGCUGCAGGCAUCAUUCAUCACAUUGAUAAGGCCUGAAUCAAAGUAUGGAAUCAAUGCCCUCCUAUUCCAAUCUAUUCUCAUUGUAUUAUCUCUACUACUGCUUCACCAAUACCAUGUAGCCCCUAUCGCAAGGUCACAACUUAACAGUCAACCUUUUUUGGAUUUAGAAGGAUGUCAGUAG